AUGCCAAAACUGUGUGGUUUGAACAUCAAAGAACAGUCCGAACGACAGUCCGAACGACAGACUGAAGAGUUAAAACAACAGAUCAAGAAACAGUCCGAACGACAGACAGAGGAGUUAAAACAGAUCAAGGACCAGCUAAAACACGUAAAAUUGGAAGUGGCAGAACAGAUUGAAGAACAGUCAACAAGAAUAGAAAUGAUAGAGCAGAAACUUGAUCGUCAGACCGUUGAGGUAGAUCACAAGAUAGACAAAUUGAAGCGAGAAUUGGAGCAAUCCAAAAAAAUGGCCAUGCCGUUAGAUCACGCAUCCGGAAGAACUUUGAAGGUACCAGCAUUUGACAGAGAGAUGUCCUGGAACGUUUAUAAAACCCAGUUCGAAGCAGCGGCAACUAGUAACUGUUGGAACGGAAAAGAACGAGCAACAGCACCGAUACUGGCCCUGCGAGGUUCAGCAGCAGAGAUUCUUCAGACGAUUCCGGCGGAGAACCACUUCAACUAUGAAGUUCUGGUUAGCGCGUUGGAUUUACGUUAUGGUAAAGAACACAGGAAACAGAUUUAUCGGUAUCAGCUUAGAAACAGAACGCAACGAUCUGGUGAAUCCAUUCAGCAGCUGGCACAAGAUAUCGAACGGUUGACAUUGCUGUCGUAUCCGACAUCAGACCCCGAGCAUAGAGACAAAACUGCCCUGGAUACGUUUAUCAAAGCCCUUCGUGAUUCGGAACUCAAGCAAUCCCUUCUCUUGUCAGAUAAACAAAAACUCAAAGAUGCCGUUGCGCACAGUCUCACUUUUGAAUCGGCAAAGCAAGCAUCAAAAAGUGACGUACGUCUACACCAAGUACAUGAAGAAUGCCCUUGCCAGAAGGUGGUUGUGAAACGCGAACCUUAA